AUGUCUCAAAAUAUAAAUUAUUGUCAAGUUUUGGAUUGUGAGUCAAACAAAGAUAUCAGAACAUUUACACCUGGUGCCAAAAAAAAAUCUGAAGAAAAAGAGACACUCUCUAUGUAUAAUUAUCUAAAUAUUGAUAUAAAAGUUGAUAUGGCAAAUGAUAAACCAAAUUUAACAAAAGAUAAUUUUGAUCUUUUAUUGCAAAAAAUAUCUAAUAUGGA